GAGAGCAGGGCCGUGGAGCCAAAGCUUGGAGCUCACGGACGACUUGCUGAGCUUCCUCUGCCGGCAGAAUGCAACGACGGAGUUGGGGCAGAGGCCGAGGGCCACGGCAGCGUCGCAGAUUGGCGAUCGUGGCAUGAGCAAGGGGGUGCGGCCCAGGGUGAAGGGCGCCUCAGAAGAGACAAGCACUGAGGGAGAGAGCGCGCUAGCGCUGGGCAUCAAGGAUCAGGCGGUGCGCUACCUUGGGAUGAUGGUGGAUCCGGAGGAGUCGGUCCGCGUCUUCCUACCGACUGGGUCGGCGACCCCUCCGCUUAGGUUGUACAUGUCGGCAUGGGAUCACAACGGGGAGGGCCGGCCAAAGAAACUGGGGAAGCCGGACAAGACGCACGCCCUGCCGGAGACUGUCUGGUGGGACACCCGCGGCGAGCUCUGCUGUACGUGCGAUAGGGGACGGCUAUGGGACGACUCGCCGUGCGUGCACAAGCUGGCCUUGGCGGCCAUCAGCGAGAGCUGGGCCUCGACAGCGGAGCUGCCCACCCACGAGUCGCUCGGCAAAGGGGCGAGGGUAGAGCGGGUUGGAGCAGACGCAACGGGAAGCUACUUUGCGGUUGCCGACAACGUUCAGGGGCCGCCGGGCCCUCGAAGGCGCAUGGUAUUCCGCAGCAGCCAGGGGGUUUGGUACUGCACGGGCAAGCGCGAUGGGUGCCCAUCUCUUGUCGACUGCUCACAUCUGAGUGCGACGAAGGCGGCUCUGAGGGAUGAGAAGGACCUUCCGAUUGCCGACCAAGUGGUCAUGAGCCUUUCAGAGCCGCUGUCUAGGGCUGCGCUGGGCUGGCUCAAAGCGUGGGGCGGGGAGUUGCCGGUAAUCGGACGGGGGGUGGGGGCAGCCUUGGCCAUGGAUGUGGCAGACGAGGAGCGAUACCUCAUCGAGUUGCUAGAGCAGCGGCCCCACGUGCGGACGGCGUGUGCCGGCGUCACGUGCUUCUGUCGCCAGCAUAACCGACUCUUUGGUGAGGCCGCUGCACACACCUCAGAGGGCGAUCGGGGCGAGGAGAGGGAGUUGGUUGCGGCGGAGGCACCUCCUCGCAAACGGGCGAGGCGGAAUAAAGCUUUUUGGGAAGCGCACAAGCGAGGCCCGCAGCCAGCAACUUUGAGAGGGUGGGACGCUCGGCCAGCGGCGGAAGCGAGGGGGAAGGAGGCCAUACGGGGCUGGGUUGAUGCCUGCACGAGCUGCUCGCUGGCCUCCGCGAGCGAUCGGUGUGAGCACGGGGAGGCUUCGAAGGUUCGUGCUCCCGUCAUGGUUCUCCAAACGGAGGCCGUCCAGGUCACGAAACCCAAGUUGGCGCGGCUCAGCGACGCGCACACUGUCCACGACCCGCUUGUGACUUCGCUCGACCGACCCGUCCAUGUGAGCCGGCUAAGGGAUUGCCACUACCAAGAGCUCUCCGAAAAGGGUUUGCUGAGCGCGCCCUGUCCCUUGGAAACUCCGGCGUGUGGUGGCACGUGGGUAGAGGCGUGGGUAGAAGCAGACAUCACGGCCGCCCAAUGGAGCCAGCGCGUGCGGGUUCGGAUCUACCACUGCCAGUGCCUUGACGAGGCGCACACGGUGCACUUUGACGGCGAGCACCUGGGGUUGUACGCAUGGAACCGGCGGACAAUCUUUGUCCAAGAUAGCUUGCAGCUGCUCUUGCGGGGGAUGCAGCACGGGCACAACUUCAAGGCCGAAUUAGCAACGCACCAGUCGGCCUUUCAACGCUCUCCGGAUGCGGCCAUCCUGAGCGAGGAGACGUGGCGCCGGGCAAGCCUCGACUUCUUCAAGCUGGUGGGACUGGGGCUGCGGGAUUGCUGCUCGCUCUGUGGGCCGCAUCCAAAGGUGCUCAUCUGCGACGGCAUCGUUGGUCUCGCCAGUGCGGACGGCGCGCAAAAGCCAGGCGGGCUCGGGAGCUCCUCGCUCGACGCGCGGCGCACGUUCUGCCACCCUAGCCGUACUUCCACGGGGGCGCUCCCCGAGAAGCGGCCCAUCUCCGGUCGCGACUAUUGCGGGUCCGGUCUUCAGGGGGGCGGGUUGAAGCGCAAGCUCUUGCUGCUACCUGAGUUGCGAGAAGCGCUCGUGCGCCUCUCCCAACAUCGGCCCAAGGACGAGAGGCUUGGGAGGAGGCUAUCAAAGGUGGAGUAUGAAGCGCUCUUGAACGGGCUGGCUCACGAGGACCCCCGGAUCGUGAAGCGUUUUGGGCCGGAUGAGGCAGGGGGCCCGCUUCGAGAGGACGGCAAACGGCACAUGCUCGUCGAGCAGCGCACGAUGGUGCGAGAUCGAAACCUGGCCGUCUUCGAAUUGCUGACGGGGAUCCAGGCCGACUUUGAGAGGCGAGGGUUGAGCCCAGACCUGUGGCAGCACUGGGUGGGCGAGUGGACGGAGCUUCUGUACUCUCUCGGCGCGCACGACAGCGACGAGGCUCUCAUCGGGCCUGGCGCAUUGCAUGUGGCCCGGAAGCUGCUGCUGGGUGGCAAGGCAACUCGCGAGGACCGGCGGGACUUGGCAAGGGACGCACCAAUCUUGCGGUGCAUCCUGGAUUCGUGCGGAGGGCUCACAUUCCCAGCUUUUUUUGUGCGCACGCUCUACCACCUCUACCUGCUCGUACUCUUGGCUCAGGGGGGGACGGGAUUUGAGAGCGAAGGGCGGCGGGGCUGGGUGCAUGAGGCGAUCGACCCGUUCGAGCGAGCGGUUGGCUUUCUUACGGAGGGUCGAGCGCGUCCCCUGAGCAUCGAUGAAAGACGACGCUUGGACGAGGCGCGAGGGCUGGCAAACGACCUGCUCCCGGGGGUCGAAAUGUUGGAGCCAAGCCCCCGGCAGUGGGAGGGGAUGAGUGGUCAUGAGCGCUCGCUUCUGAGAGAGAGGCUGGGGCGCGACGAGGAGGGCAACGAGUUGCACCCAUUGCCGGCAGGGCACGCUUUUCGAGCCGAGCAGGACGCCUUGGCGUGCUACCCGUUUUCCGGAUGGGAGCAGAAGCGGGGUUUGCCAUGGUACAGCAGUUUUGAGCAUUCGGACGGCCGCAGUAAGAGCUCGGAGGAGCACAAAUGCGCAACAGGAAAGUCGAUGACCGAGUGGGAUGCUGAAAACGUUCUAGGGCUGGUGAAAGGGGCCGGAAAGCUCUCGGGGAAGAAGGGUAGCAAGAGCAAGCGGCCAAAGAGGACUAGGGGGGGUUACGUUUUUGCGUGCCCGCAUCGGGUCAUCUACGGAUUCCACGUGAUGCUGCGCGGGGAGAGCCCGAGAGACGCCUUUGCCGUGCUCUACACUCGGUUAAGGCGGGAGGAUCUGCCGAAUGUUCUGGUACACGACAACGGCUGCGCCUUGCGCAACUACUGCUAUCGCAAAGAGCCGGCGUUCUUUGCCAAGAUUCGAUUCGUCGUCGACAGGUUUCAUUUUUCAAAGGCCGGGCAGGAGGUACAUAAAUGCGGUCCCUCAAAUUGCCCGGACAGCUAUCCGUCGCUUCACUGGGUUAAUACCAGUGCAGUGGAGUCGGUGAACUCCUUUUUGAAGGGGUUCAGGAGUCUAGGAUGGUACUCGGGGCUUGAGAGCUUCAUGGGGAUCUUGCCGCUCCUCCUGGGAGGCUACAAUAGCUCUUUGAAGCGCGUUGACGACGCCAAGCUUAGCAUCGCACUUGCAGCAGCCGUGUGGACGGUAGGGGUGCGUGCUCGACUGUUGCACGGGUGA